GACUCCUAUAACGGAAAAUGCUGCCUGCAACCUUCAAACUGUGUGCUGGCAUCUCCUACAGGCAUAUGAGGAACAUGACAGGUUUGAGGAAGAAUGCCAUGGUGGCCAUUCACCAUGAGCUGAACAGACUGGCAGGUCCGGGCCCCAGCAACUGGAUCAGCCAAGUCCGCCGACGCAGCUCCCUUCUCAGUUCUCGGAUUCAGGAAGAGGUGGGGUACAGCGAGGAGGAGAUGUCUUAUGUGAAGCAAGGGGAGAAUGCGCUGCAAAAGGCCAUCAGCAUCCUCAGUGAACAGGACGGCUGGACCACUGAAAUUGUGGCUGCGAAUGGAGACAAAGUCCUGAGUAAGAUGCUGCCUGACAUUGGGAAGGUGUUCAAGCUGGAGGUGAUGCUGGAGCAACAUCCUGACAAUCUUUACCAAGAGCUGGUGGGAAACAUGGAGCAAAUGGGGGAGUGGAACCCGAACGUCAAACAGGUCAAGAUCCUUCAAAAGAUCGGACCGGAAACGAUGGUUACCCAUGAGGUGUCUGCAGAGACACCCGGCAAUGUGGUGGGACCAAGGGACUUUGUCAGCGUCCGCUGUGCCAAGCGCCGGGGCUCCUCCUGCUUCCUGGCGGGAAUGUCCACUCAGCACCCGAAAAUGCCGGAGCAGAGAGGUGUGGUCAGAGCGGAGAAUGGACCUACCUGUAUAGUCAUGAAGCCCUGUGCUGAAGACCCAAAUAAGACCAAGUUCACCUGGUUACUAAAUAUAGAUCUAAAGGGCUGGAUCCCGAAGACAAUCAUAAACAAAGUGCUCUCUCAGACGCAGGUGGACUUUGCCAACCACCUCAGGCAAAGGAUGGCCAAUAAUGUUUCUAUGGAGAUGGCUCAUGCCUGCUGACACAAGAUGCCUCUUGAGCUUUGGCACAGUGCGCUCGACAGUGGAAGGAAAGCAAAAUCCCUGCUCAUUAAAAGAAUCACAUAAAUCUGCUUAGAACUGCUGAAGAAACACGGAAAUCCAGAGAGUAUUAAGGAGAUCAGAUGAAGAUGAGGCCUGUCUGAGAUCUUAGGAAAGUCUGAGAUGUUGGUUUCAACUGGCAAAUAUGUGUGUUUCCUCGUCCCUCUCGAUAGAGAAUCUGUCACGAGAUUUUGCAUCGUACACCCUAUUCGCCUCGAUUGUUUCUGACACAUUCAUCCACAUCACUCCGCUCCACCUUGGCAGUCAGCGUGAGGCAUAAAACAUGUAACAAACCACACACAUUGUUUUCUCCCACAUAACAGUUAUUGUCCCUCCCUUUGCCAUGAAAUUGCACUUUUAUGUCUAAGUGUUUUAUUUAUUGAUUUAUGGAUUACACUACAAUGACUGCCAAGUGAGUAAAAUGAUUGUAAUGUCAUUGAUAUUUAUGUCUUUAUGCUUUUACUAUGUUGGAGAAGAAGAAAAAGC